CUAGCGAGAAUUUAUUGGAAAAUAUAACAAAAGGAAGGGCGAAAAACAUUUGAAAUCAAAUUGCCUUAUUUUUUAUGGGUAAAUCGAUCCUUUGCACGGCCAAAUUCCCGGCACUUGCGAGGAAGGUAGUCUCAUCGCACGAAUCCCAGAAGCCAAAACACGUAAAACCCACAUCCCAGGGAAAGUCUCCUGCUUCCCAGAAAAAGGGGAAGCCAAGUGGGCUCCAAAUCGAGUCGGGUAGAAUCAUGCAGAAGGAGAUGAAUGGGUGGAACGGUCGGGAUCGUGUGCCGCUGGCUCAGGUGGUGUCGGAGUUGGUGAAGGCCUGGUUUGAAGACGCACUCGAAGCGGCCAAGGAGGGGGAUAUAGCCAUGCAGGUGCUUGUUGGCCAGAUGUAUUGCAAUGGCUAUGGUGUCUCCAAAGAUGUCCAAAAGGUCUCUCCUCUUACCCUUUUUAUUGUUUUCUCUCCAAUUGUUAAUUAGUCAUGUAUGAUGGAUUGGUUUAUGUUUUGUUCUAUUGCUUAAUCAAGGGUCAAUUUGAUUCUUUUGUGUAGUUUCUAGUGUUGGUGAAUUCUAUUCUGGUGUUUUUUGAUGUCAAGUUUUCAAUUUUUCAUUUGUUUUCAUGAUACUAUCAUCAUAGAUAUUUAUAUAAAUUGAUUUUGCAUAGUCUGCGUCUUAAUCUUUGAGGAAGCCAAUGGAAAAGAAAUGAUCUUAUAUUAUCAUAAUAAUUUCAUUUUUUUUAGUUUAUGCUUUUUAGGAAAUGCCAGAAGGUGAUGGUGAUCGCAGUAAAAUGGGUUCUUUUGUUAUUGGGUAGUGUGUUUGUUUAUCAUUUUUCUUCCUCUAUUAAUUUUGCUAGACUUUUUGUAACUUUGCUUUUCUCAAUUAAUUUUAUUGUGAUCUUAGUUCCAUGCUUGUUCCAUGAUUGCUUCCCUUAUGAGGAACUCAAGAAUACUAUGUUACUUUAUAAUUUAUUUAAAUAAGGGACGCGCUUGGAUUAGUCAAGCUUCAAAGAGUCAAUCUUCUGUGUGGACAGAUGCUGAUAAACAUCCAGGUUAUAAUGAAAGUGAUUCAGACUCUGAUGAACUGAUUGAUUAGAAGAUAUACAUGGAUCAUAUAUUGCUGUCUGAGACUCUGAAUUCAUUUUCAUACCAUUUUUGGACCAUGCACCAAAUACUAAAUUUCCAUACCGAUUGAGAGAUAAGUUUUCAUUCCUUCUCUCUUCAUUAAUUUUUCCUCAUAGUUUUUUCCCUUCUGUUGUUGAAUGGAGCGUAUUUCAAAGUUCAUAACUUGUAAUUUCUUUUCCUUUUCAAGAUACAUUAUUCUGUUCUAGAUUCCAAGAAAUUUCUUCCUCAGUUUCCUGUCUUAAUUCUCGAUAAUUUGGAGUAUCUAGAAUUGAAAUUAGAGGACAGGUUUAUGUCUGACUACAGACGCUACCAAGUAUCACAUCUUAUCCAUACAUUACUACGUUAAGAUGUUUGUAAAUGCAUAGUUUACAACACUGUUUUUUUGUUUUUUAACUAAUGACAUCACUUUCCU